GUGCGAACAUUCUUUCUCACCUCUACCCUCUACCUAUUGAACUUACUGAAUGCCUUGCGUUUGAUUGCGACGAGCCCUCUGGAUGGCUCACUCUGCCCGGGGUGGGGCGAAAAAUUCCCCUCAACCUCGACCGCAACCAUGACCACCAUCGCCCUCGACGAGCUCACCUUCAAGGUCAAGACUACACCCUCGCUGAGCAGAUCCCCGGGCUUUAGAGCCAUCCUCGUCAAGGCUGAGCACCCGGAGCACGGGUGUGUAGGCAGAUUGGAGGGGCACCAGAUCCUCCGCGACGACCGGCUUCAGGACAGCUUCGUCGAAUACAUGUACCAGGAGACGGACGAGCUGGCGGAGCUCGCGAAUGGCGUCUUCGACCCAUACAUGGACGUGAGCCGGAGGAUCGUGAAUAGGGGCAAUCGCUGCUGGGGCGAGGAGAUGGAUGAGGGAGCUAUUGUGUGUGUUCAUAUGCUGCAGGUGCCGGAAGAGUUCGGCAACCAAGGCAUCGCGACGCGACUUUUGAGCGAGCUGAUGUCCUCGGCUCUCGUCGCCGAGGAUACGAUAGUGUACGCCUGGCCGGUGGCAGCGCACGCAAAGGCCACUCAGCAAGUUGUCGAUCUAUUCCGCAACAUCGGGUUCCGGCGCGUGGGUUGUACGGUGUGGUUCGGCUACUCACCCGACCCAACGCAUCCAUCGCGCUCGCUCCCUGUGGCCGAGGAUAUCGAUAUAUGAGCAGAUGUGUGCGCAGGCAGUCGCGAUUCCCAGACGCCGGCUUCGUG